GUGUGCGUGUGUGUAAGCAGUGGGAAGGUGGGAGUUUAGAGAGAGAAGGUGAGACAGUGUAGAGGGAGGGAGGCGGCAGCGAGAGGGAGCCCGAGAGAGGGGCAGCAGGGAGCGGCUCCCGGUCCCCAAUCCGCCCGGGGACUGCAGCCUGUGAGGCGGCUGUAGAGCUGCUGUGUAGCCGGGGCCAGGCGCACUGCUCUGGGUUGUGUGACGGGGUGGGGAUCCGCUGUGUUUCCCCGGGGUUACCGGGUUAGAGCUCUGUCCGCCCGGCCGCCCUCAGGAAGCGGUGCAGUUACCAUGAGGAAUACCGAGGAAGGAGAUGGAUUCGAGGCGGAAGCCUCCAGCACCUCCAUGAUGUCCGGGGCGAGCAGCCCGUACCAGCCGACCACUGAGCCGGUCCGCCCGGGCCAGCACCGCCGCCUGCAGCUCGCCUGUGACCCGGACUACCUGCGCUCCAGCUUCGGCAUCCUCAAAUUACUGGAGGUGAUUUUGGCACUAAUAGCUUUCAUCUGCAUUGAAACGGUGAAGGAGUGUUUGCCAUGUGGGGGACUGUACUUCUUCGAGUUUGUUAGCUGCACGGCGUUUGUGGUGACUGGAGUUCUGUUGCUGAUGUUCAGUCUGAACCUACACACGAAAGUACCACAGAUCAACUGGAAUUUGACGGAUUUGAUCAACACUGUGGUCAGUGCUAUCCUCUUCUUUCUCGCCUCCAUUGUGCUAGCAGCUAUGAAUCAGAAGAAAGGAGGGGAGAUUGCUGCUGUGGUAUUUGGGUUCCUGGCCGCGGGUGUCUAUGCAGUUAACACAUACUUAGCGUUCAAGAUUUGGAGAUUAAGCGCUCGGCGCCAAACUGGGGGUCCAGCCAGUGAGUACACGCGUGCCCGAUCGGAAUCUCGGGGAGAGGUGGAGAGUCGGCCUGAGAUCCAACGUUUGGAAGGGUGAAGAUUGAACUGGCCUCCCUCUGCAGCGGAGAGAGAGAGAGAGUGUCUGAGCUCUGCAAUACUUGGCAGCUGAAGGAUCGAACAUCCAACAUUUACAGAACAGACACUUGUGAUUUUUUUUCUUUCUUUUGCAGUUUGGAAUAUUGUAGAAGGGCAGGCUAAAGGUGGAGAGAUGGAAUAUCAAGCUUUGGAGUUGUCUUAUGUUAACCCAUGGCCAUGUAGUUGCCAGGGAAGGUCCUGUGGCUCUGAGCAAUGCUCCCUGUCCCAGGCUCCUGCUGCAUGGAGUGACAUCCGAACCUGGUUCUUGUUGUGCCUCGUGCCUGUUGUGGCCCUGAUGGGAGAUGCUCACCUAUCAACAGCUGCUUAAUAACGAAUAAAAGUUCUCUAUUUAUUAGGAAGUGGGUUUGAAGGCCAGUUUGUUUUGGAGUGGGGUUGAAGUUCCUGAGAGGGGUGAUGGUGAGAAUUAGCAUGAGGGCCUGUUUUAGUCUAACGUACGAAAGAGUAACAGAUUGUUGAAUAGACAGUGCAGAAUGGAGCUUUGAAUGUGGGGAUUCUGCUGGUAAAUGAGUUAGAUGUGUGUCUAUAUAGAUGGUUCAAACUCUCCUACACUAAACCAAUGUCUUUCCCCUCGAUUUGCAGUUUGAGUGACUGCAUCAUUCACAAUGUGCUUUCUUUUCACAUCCUGCAGAAGAUGAUGUUCAUUGAUCUCCGUCUCAUUUCUAUUCAAGUUGCUUCUAAAAUGAAAACAGAAAUGAUAUCGAAAGAUUUGAUUUUUUGAAAAAAUAAUUUUCUUUUGGCUUUGUUUUCAUUCUGCUAGGGACCAAAAUCUGAAAAAGCCAACAUGGCUAAAUAAGUGCGUUCCAUUUCUUGAUGAAACUGCUUUUGUAAAUUUACCAAGAUGUCAAUGCUGAAAGAGAAGGUUCUGUGGCCUCUGAUUAAUAUCCAACUGCAGGGUGUCACUUUGCUGAUUAUGAUGCUUCACCUUGUCUUCACUUGCCUUACGUUUAGUCUUGGUACAAGUUAAAUUAGAGCUUGUGGUGUUGACCAUUUUAUGUAUAUCUUGAUUUCUAUUGUUUAAUCUUAAAAUAUUUCUAACUAUUACAUGCUAAGAAUGGGAUAUUUAUUAGAUAUGCUCGGAGUAAUCACUCAAUCAGAAUUUUGUUUUGUAAAAGAAAGGCUGAAUCACAUUUAAUGCAGAUGGUGUCCAGGGACCUUUUCAAUGCUCGCUGGUUUGUAUCAGUGUCGAUAUAUUUACAGGCUGUUCUCGCAUAUCCAACCUGUACAGCAAGGUGCCCACUCUUUCUAGCCUAAUUCUAUCACAUCUUCAAGUGAUACACAAAGGUUUGAAUUUCGCUUCCUGGUGAAGCAGCUUUUGGCCUUGCUCAGCGAGGAGCCUCCACACCUCUACAGUCUCAAGGCACUCUCCGCAGACUUGAGUACAUAUCCAGGCUGACGGUGCAGGGCUGAGGCAGUGCUGCAUUGCCUGUGGUGCUGUCUAUUGCCCCAGGUGUUGGGACUACUUCGUCUGGCCUCCCAGAUGGUUGUUAAACACCCCGUUACUCACUUUUUAUUAAGAAAACUGGGAGGACUAUUCCUAGUGCUCUCGACCCGAAAGAAUGCUUUUUGUGUUGCUGUGUACACAUUGGCUCUAUCGCAUUUUCUACAUUACAGCAGUGACCUCUCCAAAAGUUGCUUUGCUGGCUCCAAAGUACUUUGGGGAAGAAAACGCAAAAGUUGCUGGAAAAGUUCAGCGUCCGUGGAGAGAAAGCAGAAUUAACGUUUCGGGCCCCCUUCACAGAUGCGGCCAGAGUGCUGAGCUUUUCCAGUAGUUUCUGUUUUUUGCUUCUGAUUUGCAGUAGCCGCAGCUCUUUCAGUUUUCACAAGGGUUGCUGGAACCUCACCGCUCCUGAAUUUUCCCCAGGUUUUGUGUUUUUAUAUUUUUAAAAAAGGUCCCUUUUUAAAAAAAUAUCCAAUGCACCAACUUGACAUUGAUUCGUCAGUACGGAAACACUGAUCCGGACAGGAGUGAGGAGGAUUCAGAGGGAGAGCGAAACUUGUAGUGUUGCUUCCCUGCCUCUAGAUGCCAGCAGCAUCCUGCAGUUGCCCCUGGUCAGAGCGUUAUCAAUGUCAGUGCCCUGCAGUACUGGGGUGAAUAUCUCAUCACCCUGUCUCACUGUCUAAGGUUAAUUUCACCAAUAAACUAUUUUGUAUUUGUUUCAAAAGGAAGACUCCCUGACAAAAAAAAAAGUUUCAAUGCUCGGCAGUCUUCUCGUUUUGUUUGAUGUCUGUUUCAAAGCUGACUUGUGAAUUUGCUUCAAGUCUCACCAAGAGUGCCUUUUGCAGGGAGCGUUUGUUCUCCUGGACUGAUGACAAUCUCUAUUUCCUACCGUUCACUCCUGCAUACUGAGUUCAUUUGCUUAUAUUGGCUCUUGCAUUUUCUGGGCGAGGUACUGUCUGAGGUUUCAGUCUAAUUUCUGACGCCUGUUGCCGGGAAUAAUCACUGCGUUGAGGGGGAGAGGAGAUGUCAUUUGUGAUUUUUGUUCUUAUUGAACCAUUGAUCCGCCUCCCUCCCAACCCCUGCAUCCUUCACUCGAGGGAUUAGUGAUCCCCUUGUUUUGGGAUGGAACUGGGGCAGGACUUGUUGGGAAGGUACGGGGCAAGUGUAGUCCGUCCUGAAGGGAAUGAUGAUUGUGGAAAGAUCCCUUAAUGACAAGAACUGUCUUUUUAAAUGGUCGGUGUUAAUUGUAGUCGAGUCUUGUUUGUCCUGUCCAGAAUUGUGACAUGUUGUAUGGGAGAUUAUUUUCCUGUUUGCUCCUCAUCCUUUAACUUGUCCCUCCGUCUCCUCUGAGCUGUAUUUUUAUACAUGUUUAGACUUGAUUAGUUUUUGUGAAUGUCACUUGGCUCAAAUUCUUGCACCUCUUGUGUGUAUCCUCGUUAAUAAAUAAAACUGAUUUCAAUGGUCAUGGUUGUUGGGGAAUGAUUUGGCAGUGGUAUUUUGGGCUGGUCUGACAAUUCCUGUGGGUUUUUUAGAUGGCCUUUCAGAGGAAAUGGUAUUUCUUACCUGUUUACUUUUUGAAAAGUUUUACUGUCCCUGUUUACGGUCGUGGGCAGCGAGGCUAUUCGACUGACGAGCCCAAUCCUAUCUCCUCUAGGCGAGCACAGCUACCAGGGUGCACCACCGGGAGAUUCCUGAUUUAAAUCUCUCUACACGACAUGAGAAACAGGACCAGCAGAAGGCCACUGUCGCUCUCGAGCUAGUCCUGCCACAGCUGAUCUAUCCCAGGCCACAACUCCUCUUUUAUCCCAUUCCGCACUGCCCUCAGCUCCUCAGUUGUUUAAAAAAAAGUCUCCUUUUUAAGUACUUUCAGUGAUCUAGCCUCCACAACGCUCUGGGGUAGAGAAUUCCAGGCAUUCGUUAACCUCUUGGCAUGAAAGAUUAUUGGUGAUACUCCUCUUAGUGGCACAGUGGUAGUGUGCCUACUCCUGGACUAGGAGGCCUAGGUUCAAGUUCCACCUGCUUCAGAGGUGUGUAAUAACAUCUCUGAAAGGGUUGAUGAGAAAAGUAGAUUAAGUUAAAAAAAAGUUGAGGUUAAAAUCAGAUCAGCUUUGAUUUUAUUGAAUAGCAGAGCAGGCUUGACGGGCCAGUGGGCAACUGUUGUUGAGAUUUUUGUGGAAGAAAUUCCUUUGCAUCCCUGUUUUAAAUGAGAUUCCCAUUAUUCUGGAACUAUGUCCCUGAUUUUUGGUUCCCUACUAGUGGAAGCAUUUUUUUUUACAUUGACCCUGUUAGGGACCCUCAGAAUGUUUUACUUCACUAAUUCUGAGAAAGUCUGUUGAAUAAAGGCCUAACUAGUUUGGCUGUUCUUGAUUAGUCAAUGCCUUCAUCAUAGGCUUCAGCUGAGAGAUAACAAGGUGUGUGGAGCUGGAUGAACACAGCAGGCCAAGCAGCAUCACAGGAGCAGGAAGGCUGACGUUUCGGGUCUGGAUCCUUCUUCAGAAAUGGGGGAGGGGAAGGGGGUUCUGAAAUAAAUAGGGAGAGAGGGGGAGGCAGAUAGAAGAUGGGUACUGUGGCUCCUUUAGCCAAGCGAAACUGCUUUAAAAUGUCUCCGAUGCCACUACAUCCUUUUUUAAAUAUGGGGACCAAAACUGUACACAGUAGUGGCUUCACCAACACCGUUUUUGCAUCUUUAACACAACUUCCCUCUUUUAAACAUCAAUUCCCAAGCAAUAAAGGCUAAAAUUCCAUUUGCUGUUUUAAUUACUUGCUGUACCUGCAUACUAAUGCUUCGUGCUUUAUUUGCAUGUACACCCAGAUCCCUCUGUCCAGUUUAUUUGCAGUCUCUGUCCAAUUAAAUUAUGGUUUGCCUUUGAUUGUUUGAAUGCUUUCUCCCUUAUGGCAGAGACUGACACAAGAUCAUUUUGUCUGCUAAGUUUGAGAUAUAAAUGUGAGGAAAAGCUAAUGCAAGAUGUUGGUCUAAAUUAUCUACCUUUCAGCAAGGGUUCUAAGGGUUCUCAUACCCACUUCAACUAAUUCCCUCUUUAUAUAGCUGUCGAACCUCCUCCUUGUUUUUAUAUUUCUUGCCAAUUUACUUUAAAAUCAGUUUUUCCCUUCUUUAAAAGCUUGUCUGCUGCUGGUUCCUUUAAAAAAAAUUCCCAUCCUCCGACCUCCUAGCUUUUGUCACUUUGUAUGCCUUGUUAUUGAUUAUACUGUAUACAACCACCUUUUGUUAUUCAUGGAUGCUCCAUCCUACUCACUGAGUCCUUUUUGAUUAAAUAAAUUUUACUGAGUGUUACAAAA